AGAGACGCCACAUCUGUCUGUCUCUGUCUAUGUCUCCGUCUGUGUGUGUGUCCGUCUCUGUGUCUGUGUGUGGUAGUGGUGACCGCCUACCUUCCAGUCACCGGCAAUGGGCAGAUCCAAGUGCAGGAACGGCCGCCUCAUCUUCAUGUUGGUGAUCACCGCUGGCUUCUUCGUGGUCGAGCUGGUGGUCGGGCACUUGGGCAACUCCCUGGCGCUGGUGUCCGACUCCUUCAACAUGCUGUCCGACCUCAUCUCGCUGGUGAUCGGCCUGGUGGCGGCCAGCCUCGGCAAGAUCCGGAGGCACCCCCGGAACACGUACGGCUUCGCCAGGGCCGAGGUAGUGGGCGCGCUGGCCAACGCCGUCUUCCUGGCCGCCCUCACCUUCACCAUCUUGGCCGAGGCCAUCAUCCGCCUCAUCAGGCCGCAGAGGAUCGACGACGUGGAGCUGGUGCUGAUCGUCGGAGCCCUUGGGCUGGCGGUGAACAUCAUCGGGCUCAUCCUCUUCCAGGACUGUUGCUUCCAGAAACAAGUCUCCAGCAAACCCACAGGUUACUUGGCAACGGGUACCGGAGAACAGAGAGAAAACAAAGCGCCAGCAACUGCUUUAAAUAUUCGAGGUGUUUUUCUACAUGUAAUGGGUGAUGCAUUGGGAUCUGUGGUGGUGGUCGUUGCUGCUACUAUAUUCUAUGUGCUUCCACUUAAUGAAGAUGAAUUCUGUAACUGGAAAUGCUAUGUAGAUCCGAGUAUGACAAUCGUCGUGGUUAUUAUUGUUCUGUCAUCUGCUUUCCCACUCGUAAAAGAAACAGCCAUUAUUCUGCUCCAGAUGGUACCCAGGGGGGUCAAACUGCAUGAUUUUGAUGAAAAAUUGUGUACAGUUGAUGGAGUGUAUGGGAUUCAUGAACUCCAUGUAUGGGAGUUGGCUGGAGGUAGGAAUAUUGCUUCACUUCAUGUGAAAUGCCUGGAUCUUUCCACCUACAAAACAGCAGCAGUACAAAUACGUGAAAUCUUCCAUAAUGCAGGAAUUCACUCCGUCACCAUUCAGGUAGAGUUUGUUGAUACAGUACCUGGUUCAGCCCUAAUGUGCAAUUUUCCCUGUAUCCGAAAGGAAUGUGAAAGUAAAAUGUGCUGCAUUUCUCAAAAUGACAACGGCCGAGAUGCAGAAGAUUCCAUAGAGAUGCGUAACAAUCCUCCAGAGGCAUCGAGUAAUGGCCUCGUGAGUAACAAUGCAGCCGAAGAUAAUGUAGAAGAACUUUCCAUUCUUCCAUCCUGUGAUCUGAUAACAACUAAACAGAAAGAAAGAAAGGAAGCUACAAAUGGGCUGUCGAAUUUGCACAGCACGCCACUAUAAUUUGA